AAUUUGUAAACUAAUGUUGAAUAUGACAAAAUAAACUAUACUAAACGGACUCAAACUAUUUACAAUUCCACAGAGACAACGAUGAAUGAAUUAAAAAAUAAGCAUAGAGUAUUGUAAAUGCUGUUUGUUUGCUAUGUAAUAUAUAAGUCCGCCGGCCAGCCAAUACUAAUUGUCUGUUUCACCUGAACUUAGUCCAAUCGCCGGACAAGUUGACAGCCUAAUAACGCCAUGCACGCUUGUUACCAACGCCACCCCUGUUUUGCAUUGUUCUUUCUCUUCGUCUCCUUUAAUUCGUCUCCAACACUCUCUCCCUCUCUUUCGCCCGAACAAAACAAAUAAAAUCAAUGGCGUCGCAAUCCGAUCAAGAUCAACCGGGGAAAGAACCCGGUAAUUCAUCCUCCUCCGAUGCCAAUCAAAAUCCAUCAGGACAGUCUCCCGCAACGGGCUAUCCUCCAACAAUGGGGUACCCGCCCGCAAUGGGAUAUCCGCCUGGACAACCGGGUUAUCCGUACCCCGGGUACAAUCAAUACCACCACCAGCAGAAUCCGUACACGCAAGCUCCGCCCGCCUACUAUUACGACUCUCAGGCCGCUUGUCACCAACAACAAUCAAAAAGCUCCGGCGUCGCUCGAGGAAUUCUUUCAGCGGUUAUUCUAGUAGUUUUCGUGAUGGGUACGACCACUAUCCUUACCUGGCUCGUAUUGCGCCCCCAAAUUCCCCGAUUCCGGCUCGAGGCCUUCUCUGUCUCCAAUUUCAACACCAAACCCGGAUUCACCGCCAAUUGGGAGGGAAAUUUCACAAUUGAGAAUCCGAAUCAUAAAUUGAAAGUGCAUGCGGAUGAAAUCGAAUGCUCUGUGUAUUACAAGCAAGAUGAAAUUGUUGCUAGUGCUGCUAUGGCGCCGUUUACGUUGGACAUAGGGGAGACGAUUAUGACGCAAACGAAGCUAUCGGCAAACAAUACGGGUUAUGAUCAGCCGGUGGUGGGGGCGGCAGUGGUGGAUGACAUGGCGGAGGAGAGACGUGGAGGUUCUGUGAGUUUCAGUUUGAGAUUGAUGAUUUGGUCUACGUUUAAAUCUGGGUGGUGGACGAGACGUUGUGGUAUGAGAGUUCUUUGUGAGGAUUUGAACGUGGUUUUUGAUGGUGUUACUGGUAAUGGCAAGUUAACGGAUAACAAGCCUAUGGAUUGCAUAGUUCGCGUUUGA